AUGAAGGACGAGCUAGAGCUUCCGGCUCUGCCACCGUUAGAGGAUCGAAAACGAAAGUCCAAAAUCUCCAUGGACCCUUUUGUUUUUGCUAGCGAGUUUGAUGAAGAUUCCUACGACUCAUACAAGAAACAAUACACGGAACAUGUCAAAGAAACAAUAGGGUUGUCCAGGGACCCUUUCGAUGUGGAACUCCAAAAGCAUGAACUGAAAGACUUAAUACACGCCAUUACUAAUGAAAUCAAGCUAAAGGGCACUCGUGCGCCAUAUUUUUUCCUUCCAUUCAGACCUCAGUUGAAUGAUUAUAGACUGAAGGUUUUUCUGAACAGAGUGUUUAUAGAAGGAAAACCUGCUUCUUUGAAGGUGAUUGAAAAAGUCGUAAAAAAGACGGAUGAAUUCACGUUGACUUCUGCUCUUAAGUUUUUAUGGUCUAGACUCCCCAAUGGUUACAUUGUAGGAUGGAAAUCGUACGCCCAGUUUGCAAAACUAGAACAGGAACAAAACUAUCCUCAACGCGCUUUUUUGGAUAUAAUACCUCAAUGUUUACUAUCACCAUCCCAUGCCUCAAUUGUUUAUGAUUUCUUUGAUCUUAUUGUAGCUAUUGCAGCUGACACUAAGCAAAACAAGAUGAGUGCCCGAAAGAUAUCGAAAAUGUGUGGAAUAUGGGCAUUCGGUCCUAUUAAAGUCUCCCCCAAGGGUGACACAAGCUAUCACAGAGGAAUCGCAAAUUGGUUGCCAGCUUCGGAUGCCAUAUUUCACUUACUCUUGUCCUUCGUACGUUCAAUGCUACCCGAGUCUCCAAAUGAUGAAUACAAGCUACCCAGAACGCUGCAAAAUCUGGUUCUUUCCAACUCCUACCCACCAGCAGAAACAGUCCUAACGUCCCGCAGUAAUCUAGUCGAUGUUCCCCUUAUUACUUUGAAGGUUAAUAACCCUUCUCGCUCACCUAUAGAGAUGCUCCACAGGGUUGGAAAAACACUCAAAUUUGAUGAUACAAAUCUGUUUUAUACGAGAGAAGAAUACAUACUGCUAAAGUCUUUAUUCAAAGAUUAUCAAUCCUUACCUCAAAAGCUAUCUAGUGAAGGAAAAAGGGUGAUGGACAAUUUUUGUAUGUUUGAUGAAGACCUAAUAUCUGACGGAGCAGGAUCUAACCAUAUUCGAUUUAAACUUUGCUCUGGAUGGAGUUCAGAAAUGUUGCAACCAUACGAAAAUUGGGACGAGUCCAAGGGUGAUUAUUUUACUGCCAAUAUCUCCAAAACUCUGAUAGAUGAUUACUUUGUUUGGACAUGGUUAGCCUCGGUUUCUUCAGAGCAGACUAGAAUAAAAAGGAAUAUCUUUGGAAAAACUUAUAUCCUGGAAACAGAAAUUAGCCCAGGGUACAAGAAAUGGGUUAUUGUUGAAGAGAUUGAUAUUAGCAGAAAUGGAUAUGACUUGGAUAUUGAGUUAAAGGAAGAGAAGUUAAAGAAGUUACAAAUGAACAUUGAGAAACUGGAGAAACGAAAAUCGAACUUAUUGGAAAAGGAAUACCGAAAUCAAAAGAAAACAAAGCCCAAAAAGUUGAAUAAGAUAGAACCUCCUCCGAAAGACACGCCAUACGUAUACAGAGGCUUUCCUAAGGACUUUCCCCAGAAUUUGGCUGAAAAAGAGCUUCCACCUACACCUCCUAUCAUAAAAGAGUCAUUACCGCAAAGCAUGGAUAAGUCAGGCGAUUAUAUUUCGUUGAAUUUGCCUAAGGAUGAAGAACAAAGAGUGACUCUGACAUCGCCUCACAAAGCACAGCAGAAAGUAGCACCUGCUGUCCGCCAGAUCUCUGAAGGAGUAAGUGAAGAAUCGAAUUCAUUGACGAUUAGCGAUGAACCUGACUCAAGCUCUUCCGUAAACCAAGAUUACUUACUUAUUGAGAACGAUAGAAUUGAUGAUCCCAUGGAUGACUUACGUGACAUCAUUGAGCGUAUCGAUAUUGAAGAAAUUGAGCAUCAGAACUAUAGCGAACUGGUAUCCAAAGUCUCUCCAACAGUUAUAACGACGAGACCUUCAAUGAAAGAGGAGAAGAGAGGUAGAAAAGAGGAAAUUCGUAGAAAAGAACCAAAAAUAAUUAAUGGACCUAAGGAAUUGGGAGGAGAUGUCUAUCGUGUUCCUGGUGAUAUUCCAGAAUCAGAUGAUAGUUUUUAUUUGCAAAGGAAACCUCCGUCAGAUUCACUUCCCCGACAUUUAAAGGGAGUUUCUCCUCCUCCUCUUUCAACUGAACAUAGUCCUCGUAAAGUCAAUUCUACCAGCAGUUCUCCAUCACUACCUGUACAUGUUUCUACAAAUUUCACUCCGAAGGUUGAAUCUAAAAAUACAUUGAAAUCUAACAUUUUUAACGAGAUUGAAAAUUUGGAAGCAGAACUUCAAGAUGUUUUGAAUGAUGAUGUCAGCUCCAAAGAUGUUCGACUAGGAUUAACAGCCGGAACUUCAAGCGUUUACAGUUCGGUUAUGUCUCAUAGAAUUGAACGAAACGAAUUUCCAGCAAGAUCUGAGAAUAGUUCAGAACCCCUAGAUCAUAAUCGAAUCGACCCUGUAAUCACAAAAUCACCGGUAGAUAACCAGGGCACUCCUCAGACUACUCCACAAGUAAGGGAUGGAGCUGAACUAUCAGAUACAACGCCUCAAAACUCAAGAAUACGCCAGCCCCCUACUGUACGCCAACAGACAUCAAGUCCACUUUCCCCUCUUGAUAGAAGAAAUCCUUUGCAGAACUCCUCUCAAGAUUUUAUCAGUCCCAAAAAUAAACCAGAGACAUAUCAUACACCAUCACCUCAAGAACACUACCCACAUCAAGUAUACCCAAAUGCUUCUCAAGGACCAGCUCCUAAUGGCAAUUCAUUACAAACGUAUCCACCUCAAAAUUAUCCACCUCGAGAUUACCCGCCACGAGGUUACUCUCCUCAAGCUAAUCUUCAGGAAUACUCGCCCAAAGGCUAUCCAACAGAAGGUUAUCCAUCACAAGGUUAUCCACCACAAGGUUAUCCACCACAAGGUUAUCCACCGCAAGGCUAUCCUCCACAAGGCUAUCCCCCACAAGGUUAUCCGCCACAAGGCUAUCCUCCACAAGGCUAUCCUCCAUCGGGGUUUCCUCCUCAAUCAUAUCCAUCACCAUCUCACGGACAGGGUCGUCGAAUUUACCACCCUGUUCAAGGGACCCAAGGUUACUACCCUCCACCUAAUCAAGCACAGUAUCAACAAACUCAAUUCCUACAUCCACCCAGCCCUUAUCAAGGUGGUGCCGGCCACCAGUCAUCGUAUUCGUUGACGAGAGACCCCCGUUCCGCAUCCAAUUCACCUCGCUCGUCUAAUUCGCCUGCCAGAUCACAGGAUGCAGCAACCCCUGAGACGUUCUCUCAAAAGAUGGUAGCAAACAGCUUUGUUCCGGCUGCAAAGGUAAAUAAACUACAUGGACACUCUAACAAGAGUGCCGAUAAAAAGAACUUGCGAGAUGCAUUAAAUAAUGAUGUACUCAUUCCCAUCGCCUACCUACUCCCGGAAUAUAUCAAAGCAAUGAACGUAAUAACCCUUAAAGUAUCUCCCGAAAAGCUGGAGAAGUUUGGAAAAAUAGAUACGCUAGAGAUCAAGCAACCUAGACCGUUAAAGAAAUUGACUGUCACCCUUAGUCAAUCCAACAGUGCAUCCACAACAAAACCAAGUACGCCAUUAUCCAAAAGAGCUUUGCUUGGAGACAGGUCAUCUCCGAUUCCAUCGGAUUCACCUUCCUCGUCAGCAGCUGGAAAUGGAACUCGAUACAAAAGUAAAGGGGCACCGGGAGGUCAUUCUCUUUCCUUGUCAGGAACGCUAGAUAAAACAGGCGAGCCUAGAAAGUGGUUUCGUCAAGCCAGAGAAAUAAAAUCUUUCAGUGGUUUCAUAAUACCUUUUACUACUUGGAAAGGGGAAUGGAAGAAAGAAGAUGAUGAAAAAGACACGAACACUGAUUUCAAAAAUGAAAGCAAUAACUCCACUCCCAUAGGAACACCAAUACCAGAAUAA